CAAUACAAUACAUUAAAGUGCAACGUCGAGGGACCCCUAAACUUUUUUAACUUUUGGUUUCAAUCGGAUCUUCAGGAGUCUCUAUUUAUUUUUUGGCACGCCAGAUUAUGCUACGCCUAUCUCUCCCCCCCAAACCAAUUUAAGCCAGUCGCCUCACCAGCGCUUCCAAUCGCCCCCAAUCGCCCCCCCCUACGGUCGGUGAAACAUCAUGCAUCACAUGGCCUGUACCUCCUUGAUAACCUAUAGGUGAUGUUGUCUUAUAGGAGCUUUUUAGGGUGCCUUGCUUUCACUCAGUUCUGGUAACCUUACCUUUUUAUUUAUCUUACACCCUCCCUUCGUGCGAAACGUCGUCGUCGUUCAUCCCAUCCAUUCUUUUUUUUUGCCCUUGUAAAUCCAACUAUUAUACUUUCUCUUUUUCUGCUUUUAUCCAUUGUCCCUCGCUUGUUUACACGUUGCGAAACCUCAAACUACGCCGAGGUCACAUUCAUUUUUUGGCAAAUUAAGCCUUACUCGGAAUCAUCCGAGCUGCACGUUGGCCAUUCUGGUAAUGAAGCGGACGAUCCUGAAGCACAACGGUGUAAGAAUUAGGAAUUACAAUUGACUAUCACAUCGAAACGCGCCCCUAGAGGAGACAAAAAGAAGAAAAAUAAAAAAUAAAACUGAGUGAUGAGCCCUAUCCCAGUUAACCCGUCGACACCGUCGACACUGUCAGCGGCGUCGCUGGCGUCGCUGGCGUCGCACUUUGCCCGAGCCGUCUCCCACGUCUUGACGACGCGAGACGAAGAUGAAGAUAAGAAAUGCCACCCAGCACCUAACAUAAACCUAUGCGAAAAGCCGAACGCGUCUAAACCUACGGCCGGGAUCGUAGUCGGAACAAUAGCCGGACUCGUUUUCGGUACAACAGUCAUAACACUCAUCAUACUACACAUCCGGCGCCAACGGCAAGACAAGCGAGAAUUCCCCAAGAACAACCAAGAGCUUGACGACUACGGCAUCGGUCCGAUGGCACCCGCGUCUACUGGCACACCUGCCAGGCCCCAGAAAGCGUAUCGUCAGCCGCGCGUAGAGCCGGACGCUGAAGAUGACGACGACCUCAAACCGCCCAGGCGGCGGGAUUCCUUAAACUCCCUUGCACGCUCGAUCCGUGGUAACCCUGACGCGUACAAAUCAAGACCCGAUGACACUUCGCACGAUAUGAAACCCGUAGAGCCAGUCAGUCAGUUGUAAACCCCCCAAGAAGGAAGAAAGAAGAAGAAGAAGGCGGGAGCAGGAGAAUGAUACCCCAUCGUCAAAUGUGCUUGGCAAAGAUUAAUAAGACUAGAAGGACGAGGAGAUCUAACAAUAGAUCGAUCAAUUUGUAAUGAACCUUAACAGCUACCUUAGGUACCUACCUACCUUACCUAGGUCAUCCAAGAAUACCUUUUGCUACCUUACAUACAAUGCUAGCUAGCCAUUAACUGUGAAUUAAGUUUUCAUUUCUCUAU